AAGCCAGUGUCGUCAAGAUCUCAAAGAAUUACUAUCACUCACACAAUAUAAAAAAGCUUUUGAAGAAAAUAAUUCAGAUAUUUGUAGUUAUUGUAGUAAAAGUGAAUGGAAAGUUUCCAACUUGCUUCAUAAUGAACAACAUCAUUUGAAUCCCGUGGAAGCUAAAGAUAUUUCAACAGAUAUCUCCACUCCCAACUACAAAAGAGGAAUUAUUGGUCCUGAAACACAAGAACAAUAUCAUAAGAGAAUUCAGUUAUUCGGAAAAAAGCAAAUAUUGCGUCUUGCUCCACAGCUUUAUCCAG